GCUGCAGCCGACCUGUCGCCGGGGAGCAGCCCUGAUGAUGCUUCCUGACCCCUGAGCGCGGCUGGCCGGGCUCCCGCGGUUCGCCUUCCGCCGCCGUCCAGCCUGUCCCAAGCUCCUGGCCUCUGAGCCAGGAGGGGCGGUGCCGGGUGCGGGAUGGGAAGGGGAAGCAGCCCAGGUUGUGAGAAACUUCAGAGGCCGAGGGGAUCGGGCAACGGAGUGCGAGGACCACACGCCCUAGCGAUGACCAGUUCCCCUGUCUCCAGAGUCGUCUACAACGGCAAGAGGAACAGUAGCCCCCGCUCUCCCCCUAACAGCAGCGAGAUCUUCACCCCGGCCCACGAGGAGAAUGUGCGCUUCAUUUACGAAGCCUUCAAGCCCAUCGACCUAAGCGACCUGAAACGCCGGAACACGCAGGACGCCAAGAAGUCCUAAGGCGCGCCGGUGCCCCUCCCUUGGCCUCUGGGAGAUCUGGGUGCAGCCUGCUGCUGGCCUCCUCCUCUCCUGUGGGCCCACCUCCUGGGAGGGCGAGGGGGCCUUGCUUCCAGUAGGCUGAAAACCCCAGAACCAGGACAUGAUUGAUGGCCGAGGCCUGCCCCUUCUCCCUGAGCCCCCUCCUUUCCUCUUGGGGGAUCUCAAGCUACCCCCGACACUAGGAGGGCUUGGGCCCUGCCAGCCCCUGCCCUCCCGUGGGCCUAGGUGGCUCUUUCGAGCUGCCUGGCCCUGCCUGCUCCCCAGCGCCUUGACCCUAACUCCCUUCACUUUCCUCUGCCCCCACCCCCCCUACCCCCGGCCACUUCCAGGAUCAGGAGGGAGACGAGGGGGCCUUUGUUGUCUCCUGUGCUGGUGGGAUUGGGCUGGGUUAGCUCCGGAGGUGGCCAGGAGGCAGGACAAGGGUGAGCCCACCCAUGCCCAGCACGGGUCCCCCACCGACCCCUGCUGCGUCUCUGGCCUGAACACAGGGAGUGUCUGACCCCUUACCCCACUCUCCAACCUGGCCCCUUCCUUCCCUGUGUCAGCUUCAGGAUGGCACCAGCUGUCUGGGCCUGGGACACUGCUGGGUGCCCCCUCCAAGGGUCUUGGGCAACCAGGCCUGGCCCCCCCUUGGGAUGGGGCACGGGGCUGGCCUGAGCUGGUGAGGCUGUCCAGUGGGUCCUGCCCUGUGCAGUGAGUUGGGAGGGUCUUCAGGGCCAUUUUUUCUUCUUGUGCCCUCCAAAUCCAAGUGUCUGACUGGAACCUGAGGAUGAGUGAAUAAAGGCGGGGUGGCAUUGGCUUG